AGGAUUGCGAUUUAUGAAUACAUGGAAAAUGGAAAUCUGCAGAACUUGCUUUACGAUUUGCCACUUGGUGUUCAAGCUACAGAAGACUGGACCACUGACACUUGGGAAGAAGAUGAAAUUAAUGGGAUACAAAAUGUUGGGACAAAAGGAUCACUAAUAACUUGGAGAUUUAGGCACAAAAUUGCUCUUGGCACUGCUCGUGCACUGGCAUUUCUUCAUCAUGGCUGCUCGCCUCCAAUUAUACACAAAGAUGUCAAAGCAAGCAGUGUUUAUCUCGACUCAAACUUGGAACCACGACUGUCAGACUUUGGGCUAGCUAGAAUUUUUGGAAAUGAUCCUGACAAUGAGAUAGCCAGUGGUUUUCCAGGGUAUGUGCCACCAGAGUUUCUUCAGCCAGAAACCAGCUCUCCAAAGUCUCCAACGCCAAAAUCUGAUGUUUAUGGAUUUGGAGUAAUUCUUUUUGAACUAAUUACUGGGAAAAGGCCUGUUGAAGAUGAUUAUCCAGAUGAAAAUGAUGCAUCUUUAGUAAGUUGGGUGAGAAGUUUAGUAAGGAGGAAUCAUGCAUCACGAGCUAUUGAUCCCAAAAUUCGCGGAACGGGACCAGAUGAACAAAUAGUCGAGGCCUUGAAGAUUGGAUAUCUAUGCACUGCUGAAAUUCCUUCAAAGAGGCCCAGCAUGCAACAGGCAUUUCACGUAUAG